AUGCCAUUCCACUCUACCUUGUACCAGAACGUCUUCCGUACAGGACUUAGCAAGACACUCACCCACGGCUACGCACAAUCUGUCGUAGCUGCAACACAUCCACAUGUUCUAAACUCGCAGAACAGGCCCGCGUGGGCCCGGCGCAGCAGCCAGCGCGUCGGUAGACUCGGGGGUCUACAACUGCAGAGUGCUUUCCAUGUCUCGAGUUCGACGUCGACAGCUGCUGCACAAGAGCACCGGCAAGACAAACAUGGCAACGUCAAUAACCUAGACGCCUACUUUGAGGCACUGCAGAAGAAAGAGGAACAAGCUACAGCUUCCGGGAAUGAAGAGGCUGUUGCUGAAGUUGAGAAAGAGUGGACUCAGUUCCAGUUUCCAAAGCCCAUCGAGUGGAAGCCAACAACCUCGUCUGUCUUACCCGAGUCGACCUCUGGCGCUGCUGAGACUAUCGAGGCCGCACCAGAAGAUGUGGCUGAGAAUCAACCGAUCCCCGUUGACGCAGACGUAGCCUUGGCCCACAUCAAUGCGGCUUUGGAGCGAGAGAUCGAAGUUCGCAGGUUGCAAGAGGCAUUAGAAGAGGGUAGCCCCUUGCCGUCGCGGGCCCCUACACCUCCUGCUGUCGAGCUCGUCCAGUCCAGAGCCGGUACACCCACUAUUGAGAGAUCAGCCACACCAAUCAGCAUUGCUCGAACGGCAACUCCGCCUAUCGAUCCUCAAUCUCAAACAUACGCCGACCACUUGACCAAACUCUCCGAGGAUGGACGUUACGCAGAGAUUCCAGCUGUUUUCGAGGCUAUGUUGGUGGCCGAUGUUAAGCCCAUUGCCAAGGCUUACAACGCUCUGCUAGUUGCGGCGAUCAACAUCCCUGUGGAGAGAUAUGAGGUUGUCACCAAGGUACUAGAUGUCUACGCCGAUAUGAUGAGGAGGCAAGUCCUGCCCGAUAGCGAGACCUAUAACAUCCUUGUAGGUCUUCUUGCCGGUAGAUGUCUUGAGGUCUCUAGCCUCAAGAAGGCCUUGGAGGAUAAGCUGGCCCGCUUUGGUGGAAUGGACGAGCCAGGCAAAUUCAUGUUUGCUUCGUCAGAAUUGGAAUAUGCCAUUCUUUCCGAGGAUGAUAGACUUGAUCUGGCCGUUCGGCUGUUCGACUCAUCUGUUGAGUACCGCAAGGCGAACUACUCAUCCGAGGUCUAUCACCAGCUCAUCUCAGCAUGCGCUCAAGCUGGUCGUGUUUCCGAUAUGCUCCGUAUGUUCGAUCACAUGGAAGUCAGCGGCGCUGUUCCGUCAGCAGCCACCUUUCCCACCAUGAUCACUGCUUUCGCGAAGGUCGGUGAUCUGGCCAGUGCAGUCGAGUGCUACAAUGAGUACAAGGAGCUCGCCAUUGCCCAUGACAGCGGCAAGUACACCCUCAAUGAUCGCCUCGAUGCCAAGGUAUACGCUGCUGUCAUCAAUGCCUACGUCAUUUCCGAUAAGUUUGAUGGUGCUAUGAAGUUUUACGAGAGGAUUGUGAAGCAAUUUGACGCCAAUGCUGCUCAUCUCAAGGACGAUAUUAUCAACUUCGGUAUUGUCAACGGUCUUACGGAGCGUGGCGUCUAUCAGGAAGCACUUCAGUGGGCACAGAGCAUCGAAAGUGAUAUCAAAUUCACAUCGAUCGCUCGCAUCGCUACGGCCGCUGCUGAUUCAGGUGACAAAAUGACUGCGGUAGCUGCCUUCGCCAACAUUCCCCGGGCCUUCCAAGGCAUCGCCACACCAGCCAUGGCUCUAUUGGCGUUAAGUGUCCGCGAGGCCGAUGUUGGUGCAGCCGCGAGGUACUGGCAUGUGCUUAGCAAUCCCGAGAUUCAGGCUACUGCCGCCUUCGUCGAGCCGGCCACCAUGUAUGCGGUGGCCAUGAUCGGUUCCGGCAACGCCGCCGAGGGUUUGGCUGAGUCGGAGCUCAUGUUCCAGCGCAUCCGCGCUACCGAGAUGCAAACUCGGUCGCAGGUUGCUGAGGAGAUUGAGGAGGCCAUGGACUUGAUACAGAACUACAUGUCUGCUCGCGGAAUCGUGGAUCCUCGCGAAACCGCGUCGGUUGCCAGCUACGCUCCUCAGACCUUUUCAGCUUCUGCCUUUGAGUCCACACCGACAGUCUCGAGCUACGAGGACAACUUCGAUCCUUACGCCCACAGCACUGAUUUCAAGGGCUCGUCCAUCAUCUCGGAUGAGCUUGAGGGUGCUCAUGGCCGCAAGGGCCCAAGGCUCAACGAUGCUCUUACUCGAUUCCGGAACAUGCGUCGUGCUGGUCGUCAUCCGCGGUACAUUACCUACGCCAAGUUAAUUUCUGCUGCUGCUCGUGAGAACCGCAUGGAUAUGUGUCAUGACAUUUUGGCCAUGGCACGAACCGAUGUCCCCCUCCUAACCCAGUAUGCUGUUGUUCGCUAUGGUUGGUCUUCGAUCUUGGAUGCAAUGGUAGGUGCUUGUCUGACCCUCGGUGACCGCACCCUGGCCGAGCAAUACCACCUUGAGCUUCUCGAGAUGGGCGCUGCCCCGUCUGCGAAUACCUUCGGCUUAUACAUCACUACUCUGAAGGAAUCGACCAAGACUUUUGACGAGGCCACAGAGGCUGUGAAGAUCUUUCACCGCGCUAAGGCUGAGGGAGUCGAGCCUUCCAGUUUCUUGUACAACGCUUUGAUCGGAAAGCUUGGAAAGGCCAGACGUAUUGACGACUGUCUUUUCUACUUUGCCGAAAUGCGUGCUCUUGGUAUCAAGCCCACCAGCGUCACCUACGGCACUGUUGUCAACGCGCUUUGCCGUGUCAGCGAUGAGAAGUUUGCUGAGGAGUUAUUCGAUGAGAUGGAGGCCAUGCCCAACUACAAAGCUCGCCCCGCUCCUUAUAACAGCAUGAUGCAAUUCUUCCUGACGACCAAGCGCGAUAAGUCUAAGGUUUUGUCUUACUAUGAGCGGAUGAAGGCCAAAAAGAUUGCUCCCACGUCGCACACUUUCAAGCUUCUUGUUGACACCCACGCCACACUCGAGCCAGUCAACAUGACCGCUGCCGAAGCUGUUCUGGACAUGAUUCGUGCUUCCGGGCAACAACCUGAUCCUGUUCACUAUGCAUCUCUCAUUCACGCCCGUGGAUGUGUCCUCCACGACAUGGAGGGUGCUCAACGGAUCUUCGACUCCGUGACGCGUGAUCCGAGCAUACCUUCGCAUCCGUGCAUCUUCCAAGCCCUAUUUGAGUCAAUGGUCGCCAAUCACCACGUGGGUGACACGGAAGACAUCUUGGCUAUGAUGCGACAGCGUCGUGUUGACCUGACUCCUUAUAUUGCCAAUACUCUCAUCCAUGGGUGGGCAAAUGAGAAGAAUAUCGACAAGGCCAGACUGGUCUACAGCCAGGUCAGCCGCGAGAAGCGUGAGCCUAGUACUUACGAAGCCAUGACCCGCGCCUACCUUGCCGUUGAGCAACGGGGGCGCGCCAAGUCUGUUGUCAGCGAGAUGCUUUCCCGUGGUUACCCAAGUGCUGUCGUCAACAAGGUCCUUGAGCUCCUUGGCGGUGGUAGUAGCGAGGAGGCUGCGGUUGCAUAA